CCCGACCUCAAGCCGGCGGCUCAGGGGCUUCGUUCAGGUUCUUCAGGCUUCCUGUUUUUCUCUGAAAGCUUUCAUUUUACCAGCAAACUGUUUCCUGUUCUAAGGCUUCUUGCGACUGAAAUCCUACAGUUUAUCCCCAGCAAGACGUGGAUGGUUAAUUACCUGAUUAACUUGAAGCCAGGGGAGCUCAAAAGAGUGGGGAUCUCUGUGGGAGUUUAGCAGCUGCUGGCUCUUAGUAUCCAUUUGCAAGCAUCUGAGCCCUGCGAGCACUUUCAGCUCUGCACAGGACUUUCCCCUUGCUGCUGGCUGGCAAGGGAGCUGGACUGGCAAGCUGAUCUGCCUUUGGAGGGUUGCUGUGUAUUUCUGCUAAGCUAAAGCCCCCAGGAUCUCCAAGAGGCAGGAUGCCUCAGAGCAAAGCUCCCAACGUAGAGUUGCGGCUUCUUUAUGGUAUCGCCAUGGCUUCUCUCUGGAGCUCGCUGGAAAAAGAUGUGUUCAACCCGCAGAAAAAGAGGCUACUGGAAACCAUUCAUGUCUGGAAGACAGGGAAGAAGAAGAAGAUGUCCAUUCUCUGUGUCGUGGUGGACACCUUUAUGCCAAUGCAGCCGUUUCUGGUGAGGGUCAAGACAGACCGAGGAGAGCAGUACAAGAUAGCCUGCCGGUGGCCUUUAGCAGAGCUGAAGCUUGUGGAUGGCAAGACCCUCAGUCAGGCAAGCCUGGAUUUUGAUCUGCAGUUUGACAAGGUUUACAAGUGGACAGCUAGCAGCUUUGAUGAGAAGAAAACCUUUAUCAGAUGCUUAUGGAAGCUGAACCACCGAUUCCUCGCCAGCUCUAUCGCAUUUGUGAAUGUCCCCUCCUGUGUAGCAGAAGGGAGACAAAGGCCCCAAGAAGAUAGGAAGGACACUGUGGAGGCUGAGAGCCAGGAGGAGCUCAGUGUGUACCAGGAGAUGACACCAAGGGAAGCUGCUGAUGUGUUGAAACUGAUGGAGGAGUACGAGCCCCUUGUGAACAACUCGGUGGCCUUUGCAGAGCAGCUGACCAAUGAUCUCCAUGUGCUGGAUGAGGCCAACCUUAGAGCCAUUAUCUCUUCUGAGAAGCAGGUGACACAGCUGAUGAGCUCCAUCGAUGAGGCCCUCGCAGAGGUGGCCCGAGUGGAGGAGACCUUGCAGAUCUAUGAUGAGUUACUGGGAAGUGUGAAGCAGCAGAUGGACCACAUCCACCAGGAAAACUCCUUGCUCCAUCACAUCGUUGCCAACAAGACAAGGCUGAUGGACAAGAUCCUUUUCCUCACGACCCACCUUGACCUCAGCAGGGACCACUGUGAUGCUCUGAGCCGGGGAGACCUUUCCAGCCCCAGCAGAGUGAAAGCCUGCAUUGCUGCAGCGGAGGCUUUAUCUGGCUGCAUGAGCAUCGAGAUACAGCCCAGUUACCGGAAACUGCAGUCUGUGGCUGAGCAGCUGAUCAUGUUUGAAACACUCAAGCAGAACUUCGAAAACUCUUUCAUCAGCCACAUUACAAGCAUCUUUGAGCUGCAGGGUAAUGCUCAGGUCCUUGCUCUCGGCCAGCCCAUUGAGAAGCUAUCUGCACCAAGCCACAGACUCCACCACGAGGAACUGGUGCCCUACACCCCGCUCAUGGCCUGGCUGAGGAACGCCAACCCAGUUCUGUUCUGCGAUCUCCCCAAGGUCUAUGCCCAGAACCUCAGCAGACUCUAUGAGCGGGAAAUCAAAGCCUUUUUUGAACCAGCCAAAACCUUCUUGUUAGGAAGAAGAAAAGGAAGUCUUCAGGAAAGCUUAGAGAAGCCAAUGGUGAUGGGGAGCAGGCAGCAGUCUCGAUGGAGCCUCCCAGGGAGCAGAGAAGACCAGGAGCACACGCUGGACAAGAGCAAUGUCAUCAAGCAGAUGCUGGAACAGGUGCUGAGAGAGCUGCAACCCCUUUGCACCGCGGAGCAGCAGUUCAUUGAGAAGUUCUUCCAGCUAAGCCACGGUGCUGCAGAGCUGCAGGUGCCGGAGGCAUCUGCCACUAAGGGAGGAGAGAGCAUGGCAUCCCCAGAGGACCCUCCUUGCACCAAGCCUCGGAACCAACUAGAAGAACCUAUGACCCAGCUGCUGAGUGAGAUCUUCAGUUGCCUGGAACCAGAGCUGAGAGGAUUUCUAGAUGUCUGCAAUAAGGUCCACCCACUUGGCUGCUUGCAGGUCCUGGUUACCUUGAAUGACUCCAUCUUUGAGAUGUGGGGCUCUUCUUCAGCUCUCCCUUCGUCCUUCCUCAACACUGUCCUGGGCAACAUGCUGCUCCUGGCCAAGGGCAGCUUCAACAAGUGCAUUGGGGCCUUGUGCAAAGAGGCUGAGGAGGCAAAGAUGCCCAGCAAGAUGAAAGGUGGGAUCCUGCCCUCCGUGACCCUCUUUGAGGAGUUUGUGAACUUCUCAGAGAAGGUGUUCAGGACAGCUCGGCGGAGAGGGGAGCUGGACAAAGCAUAUCUUAGACUGGCCGGCAGCAUCUUCAGCAGCAUCAACAGUCUGUCCUCAGCAAACCUGAAGGUAAAUGCAGAUAUGAUCAUGAUGGAAAAUUUCCACCACAUUCACUGCUUCCUGUGCCAAAAGAAGAUCCACUGCUUGGAGGGCAAGAAGAGAGAAGCCAAGGAGAGGUAUAGUGAGCAUAUGGAGAAAUAUGUCAUCAGGUACCUGGGCCAGCCACUGGAGAAGCUCAAUCACUUCUUCGAAGGGGUGAAAGCCCGUGUGGCUCAAGGGGUAAAAGAAGAAGAAGUCAGCUUUCAGCUGGCCUACAGCAAGCAAGAGCUGAGGAAGGUCAUCGAGAAAUACCCUGGCAAAGAAGUAAAAAAAGCCCUUGAGACCCUCUACAGGAAAAUCCACAAGUAUCUCUCCCCAGAGGAAAAUCUUUUGCCGGUGGUGUGGCACGCCAUGGAGCAGGAGUUCAUACGUCAGUACCAGGAGUUUGAGGAGCUGAUCCAACGCUGUUAUGCAGGGUCAGGGAUUGUCAUGGACUUCACCACGGAGGACUUGCUGAACUACUUCAAGUCCAUCACGCUGUCCAACAUGUAGAGACAACCCCCUCUAGAUGUCUGCUGGGAGCAGCUCAGGAACCCUCAUCUGCAGCUGCACCUUUAAGGAGCUAAACUCAAAACCCUGCUCAAGCUUGAUAAUGUGGGGGUCCCACCCUGACCUUAAUGUCAAAGUGUCUCUGUCUUCUUGGGCUAAGGCUAGAUCUCCCUUGGAGAAGCAGGGUUCUCAGACAAAAGCCACAGCUUCCCUGCUCCAAGAAACCAUUAUGCAGCUAGUAAAAAAACCCCACAAACACACACCUUUCUCCCCCCCCCAAAAAAAAACAACAACCAGAAACAAACCCCAACCCUCCCCAAACUCACAUCUCUGCCAAAGGGAGUGCCAGUUCAGCUUAUAAACUGAAGCCCAGACCAGCAGGAUCAUUGACCAGGUAGAGGCACAUCUGGAGCUAGGCUAGGAACCAGCACCUAUCCACCAAACCUCAGACAUAGAGUGGGAGCCCUGAGAAGAGCUUAAAUAUGCCUCAGGUCCCAUGGAUGUGCGUGGAAGCCUCCAGAUGAGGCUGGUCAGGGCUAUUAAGGCCAAUUAGUGCCCUCAAAGCCUUGUCAGGGAUCAGUGCCACUGGUCCUUUUACUAGCAUCUGUGGGAAUAACUUCAGGAGUUCUAGUAAAGAAAAGAGACUAGGAUUUUUUCCAAGAAAAUGGGGUUUGGGAGGUCUACCCACUGCUUACCACUCUGUCCCUCUUGAUCUGGACUGGAAAGGACAGUAGAAAUCACCAAGAUAGCCCGCUCAUUCACAUGUUGUGGAAAUCAGGAGUGGACAGAAGGAAGAGUUGCUGCAGCCUCCUUCAGGCAGGGCUGCAGCGCGAGACAAGUGGCACUGUCCUGCUUGCCCCACUUGUGGCCAGCUGGCACAGGAGUGGGCUCUCACCUGUGUUUCGAAAAUAAAUGUGGUCUGUUUUCUGUAA